AUGUUGGACUGCAGGCUCGAAGAAACAACUCUGAUGAAACUCCAAAGCAAGGAGAUAUCCAUAGAACAGAGUCCUUAUCAGCUGGUUGAGUUAUUCGCAGAAAGGUUCGUACCAGAGAUGCUCGAGCGUCAUGCGCAUUUUGUCGCAAGACGAGAAAGCGACAGCCUAAUGUACAUGAUCAAAUUGUACUUCCAAGUCCACCCGGGAAAGGCCGCUGCUGAUGAGGCAGCCUUCUGUGCCGGGUGGGGACGCAGAGACUUUGAGAGUGAAAUCCGAGGCCUGCAACUCACAGAGUCAAUUCCUGAGACUCCGAGUCUUCUUCAACAUGGGACAAUGCGCCAAGGUGACAGCCAAGGUGACAUCCACGAGUACCCUGGCGGAUAUAUCAACGUUAUCGUCAUGCCCAAAAUGCCCGGAAAGCCCGCAGGUGAAUACGAGUGA